AUGGAAAAAUUCAGCGCCUACAGAGAUCCCGGAACAGGCAUACAUCCUUUCCUCCCUCCCACAUCACCCAACCCUCCUACAGCGCUGCACACCGCGCUCAUACCACUCCGAGCACUCGUAGCAGUCUUGCGCGUAGUAUUCCUUCUAGCGGUGGGAAUUGUAUGGAGCGCAGUGCGGCUGGUGUCUCUGCUCUUGAUUCCAAUAUGGCCGUUAUACAUUCUUCUCGCAACAUCCCUCGACGCUUCAUUAGCCCAAUCAUGUUUCCUCAUACUGGGAUUCCACAUAUCUUCAGAAAUCGUUGCCCUUAACCGCUCAAAAGCGAAAGAUAUCUCGCAUGCUCGCUGGCGGCCCAAACGGGGCGACUUAAUCGUCUCCAACUGGAUAUCGUGGAUUGAGAUAAUAUGGUUCGCAGCCAAGUAUCGCGCUACGUUCGUGCUGCCUCUUGCUGCAGCUCCUGCAGCUCCAGCAGCGGCAACUUCGAGCCCGAUUUCCUCGACCGGUCGCCGAACAGGCACGGGCUCAGCAGCGAUCUCCCUCCCCCCGCCCGUGUCUUCCCAGCCCCGCGCGCCCAUCCUCGGAUUCCGCCGCGUUUCGCUCUUCCAGAUGCUCUCCGCAGUAGGGAGUACACCUCCCUUCCCCGGGUCCGAAGGAGAGCCACUUGAGGAGAUCAGGAAACGCGCACGGGGUCCACUGGUCGUGUUCCCGGAGUGCACGACAAGUAAUGGCAGAGCGGUGCUCAGGUUUGCAGAGGUGUUUGGGGGAAGCGUGGUCCCUCCUAAGGAGUACCACGUCUGGCUGGUGUGUGUCAAAUGCGAGCCACCAACGAACUUCCAACCCUCGCUCGCCCUUUCUACGCCUACGUCGCUUCGCACCGUACUCCUAACCCUGCUCAGCUCCCUCUCCCUACAACCUGUCCACCUCCGCCUCCUUAACCCCGCCGAGUCCCCCUCUUCUCAGACUUUCGUCGUUUCCCAGUAUGUCACGCCAGGGAUGAGGGACCCACUAUCAGAAUGCUGUGCGGCGCUGAUCGCUCAGGUUGGACGAAUGAGGAGAACUGGAAUGGGAUGGGAGGACAAGGUUGGGUUUUUGGAGUUUUAUAGGGGGAGGGAGGGGAAGAAGAGGCAGUGA